AUGCUGGAUAACACACCCCAGGCGAAUUGCGUGUCCUGGACAGCGAUGAUCACAGCUUAUGGGCAGCGCGGCCAGAUCCUCGACGCGAAAGAGGUGUUUGAUUCCAUGCCCGAGAAGGACGUCGUUGCCUGGAAGGCUAUGCUCACGGCAUAUGCCCAGAACGGGCAUCUCAAGGCGACGAGAGAGCUCUACGAGCGAAUUCCAGUGGAGGAAGAAGGCGUGGCCAACUUCAUGAUCAUCGUGUACGCGCAGAAUGGCCACAUUGCCGAGGCCGAGACGAUGCUUGACUCACUCACGGUGGACAACCUCACUCUCGACGCUUGCACUGCGAUGAUCACCGCGAGUUCCCUGGAUCGAGCGAGGUUUCUUUUCAACUCUAUGCGGCAUCGCGACGUGAUGCUGUCGACUGCGAUGAUCGCCGCUUGUGGCGACUCGGGGCUCGUCCGCGAGGCACGCGACUUGUUUGACGAGAUGGCGGUGAAGGAUUCGGUUGCCUGGACGACUAUGAUCGAGGCGUACGCUCGGAACGGUUAUCUUCGAGAGGCCUUCGACUUGUUCUCACAGAUGCCGAGGAAGUGCGUGAUCCCGUGGUCGGUUUUGGUCGCUGGUUAUGCUCGAGCUGGGAACUCUUACGACUCGAAAGAUAUCUUCGACAGGAUUCCAGAGCACAACGUCGUCUCGUGCACUGCAAUGGUGCACGCCUAUGCCCAAAGCGGGCAUGUCUGCGAAGCUAGAGCGAUCUUCGACGGCAUGGUUCACAGGGACAAGAGCUGCUGGGCCGUAAUGGUGGCAGCUUGCACACAGAACAACUACCCAGCGCUGGCAUUUGAUCUUCUCGAGAAGAUGCCGGAGUGGGAGAACCUCAAUGCGAUGAUCGUCGCGUACGCUCACAAGGGGUGCUUGGAUCAGUCGAGAGAGCUGUUCAACUCUUUGGAAAGCAGAGAUCCGUCGUCGUGGACUGCGAUGAUCGAAGCUCACGCUUGCAACGGACAGUCCAAGGAGGCACUGGAGACAUUCUGGCAGAUGAACCAAGACGGGAUUGAUGCCGACGAGAUCACCUUCAUCUCCGUCUUGCACUCGUGUAGUCACACCGGCAUGGUGGAGAAGAGCUUGCACCAGUUCGUAUCAAUGAGCUCCGAUCACGCAACGGAGGUGGAGCCAGCGCUGGAGCACUACCACUGCAUCGUCGACGUUCUCUGCCGAGCGGGUCAUCUGGAAGAAGCUGAGGAACUUGUCACUCGAAUGCCACUCGAGCCCGACUGCGUUCCAUGGACGACUCUACUCGGUGGCUGUAGAACUCAUGGGGAUCUGGAGCGUGGAUCGCGAGUUGCAAGCAAGGUUUUUGAGAUGGAUCCUCGAGCUGCGGCUCACUACAUGCUGUUGUGUAACAUAUAUGUGGAAGGCGAAGUGAGCUGA